AUUUUUUGAAUAAAACAUCUUGUUUCAGUGCCUAAUAUUUUAAAGGGCCUUUAUUCUGAAAUACCACCGUGAAAUGUUCUGGAAGUUUUUGAGCAGCUACCUGGGGUCUUCUGGAAUCUUUCUGAAGUGAAAUUGGUGCUAAACCUUGACGGAACGGUUUGAUCGCAGUGGAAAUUCACAUGCUUGCUGAAUCCCGGAGAAAAGUUGCUUUUCUGAAGGGCUCAUUGUGUGAAUUGGAGCUCUACUAAAGGCAAAAGAAGGAACUGCACAUUCUGUGCAAGCUAACGACCGAAGUCAGCUAGCAUGUAGCUAAUAUAAUUGUAGCUGAUUCAAAAGGAAAACGAAGAAACUCAAUCCACCCGACUUAGAAAUGAAACGAGGAGUUUGCGUUUGUUACCCCAUUAAUGCUAGCUGUGCUACCAAGGUUGCAAUGAUAGCCUACCACUUAAGAGUGGCAAACUAGAUGCGAUUAAACCUAAACAGAAUAUCUGAUGGUUAACGUUGCUGCAGUCCUCGUUAGACUAUAUCGAUUGUAGCUAACUAGCGAGACAACGUUACACAAACAUGAACAACUUCGUGAAAGUUUCUUUGCCCCUCAAACAAAACGACAAACAAAUGACAACGUCCAGUGCAAAUCAAAGUGGGACUGGUGUGUUUUACCAGGCAUUGCCUGCAGUUGGUGCAGAUGGAAAGAACGUAAUGAAGCUAAUACCAGUUCAAAGAGUCAAUGGACAGUUUGUUCGAAUGCAAGCAAAUAAUAACCUUCCAAGCACUUACCGAAAAGCUUCAGAUUUUGAACCGCAAAGACUGUUUGCCCACCCGAUUCACCUCUCCCCUAAUGCAGUUUCACAUAAUAAAGUCCCUGUCCUUCAGCCUGCCAUCAGUGGGAGAUACAUUCUGAAAAGACCAUCAGAUGUUAACGUUAUGUUGAACCCAGUUGCGGGAACAGGAAGAUGCAAUGAGAGAGUGACCGUGUCAACCCCAAUUCAGGUUCAAGUUCCCAUUGUGGCUACUAAUGUAGCCCAGACUGUGCCUGUGGCAUCACCUGUGCUGAACUGUGGAAAAACUCUCACACUUUUGAAUAAAAAACAGUUGCCUGUCACUGUUAAAUCGCCAGUACUCCCCAAUGGACAUUACCUUCAGAUCCCACCCAAUGCUCAAGUGAAAACACUCCCUGCAUCUGCCCUUCCUCAAGCUAUAAAAAGGCGCAUUUUGACUCCGCCAGUCAGCACUACAACUACAUCCAGUUCUGCGACCAAUCUACCAACUGUGGUCUAUGUGUCCCCAGUAAACACAAUGAAAUUAGGCCCUUCUUCACGGGGUUCUGCAGUCCCACCUGCACCCCUGUCUCUCAAUCGAUUACCAAAACCAUCUGGUCAGAAUCUGGUGGUAGGUCCUGCACAACCCAUAAAGUCUAUUCCCAAGGAAACCAGAGACCCAGUCACCCCCAUUAAGUGGGUUGUUCAAGAACGUUCUGAUUCAACUGCUCCAUGCCUCGUUCCACAAAAUUCUUCCACUAUGACAUCAGAGAUUCUGAAAACUCUGGCACAGAUGGAAAGAGUAAACGGAAUGGGGCAAAGCACUGCACCCAAGCCCACAUCUUCACAAGCCAGUCCCACGCGAGUGGGACCAGGGAAGGACAAUGCCUUACUCAUGUGUAAUGGGAAAGUGUAUUUUGUGGCAAAGAAAACUCCUGAAUUCAGCGAUCAUUCACCUGACAUGCAGAAAAUAAGUGGAACUGUGAAUAGUCCUUCCAAACAGACCACAGUUGAUGAUAAUAUUAACCAGAGAAAUAAACCCUCUUCACCCAGCCUGCCAACAAGCUCUUUUCCUGGACCUCCUGUGGUGAAUUCACCUAGGCAAGGCAUGGGCCACAUUGUCAUCAAUGAUGGACCAGACGAAAUCAUUGAUUUGUGUGAUGAUGAUCCUCAGGAUGAAUGUGUAAGCCAGAGACAGUCCAACGCCACUUUGCCUCAACCUGACUCGAGUGAGUUGGCACCUGAUGAAGAUGAAGAUUCCAAUGUGAUAUUUGUCUCAUAUAUUCCACCCAAAUCAUCUACUGAAUCAGCUGAUGAUGAAAGGGAAGUUGUCCAGGAAAAAUCUGCUGAAGACCAACAUGUUCUGGAAAAGGAAAGGGGUCAGGAAAAGGCAACAAGCCUGGAGCAAGAAACAAAUCCAGAAAAUGUCUAUGUGGAGGAAAAUCUAAUUCAGCAGAAUGUGGAAGCUUCUCAAACCCCAAAAAAUGAAACUGACAAUGAAUUGGUUUCAAGGAUUCCAGACAAUUCUGUGAAGAACAUUGAUGAUCCAGGCUUGGACCAUCAUAUAGCUGCUUCUAAACCAAAAAGCCGCCUUGAACAGGAUCGCCAACUGAAACGGAGGUUUCAGAUCACGUCUGAUGUCAAGAUCUGUUUACAAAGAAUUCCUCCUGAAUCCAGGGCAAUUCCCGAGAAAGGCCCAAGAUUUUCUUCCGUCAACAAACGUACAUUAGAUGGGAUCCGCAAGCUGAUGCAGGAAUCAAGGAUUGACAUAAAAAAGAAAAGUGUAGAAACUCCGGUUUUGUCUGUGAAUGAAAAAGGAAAAUGCAGUUCUCAGGACCCUAAAAGAAAGAAAGUGGAGAUCUGUGAAAACUCUGACAUACAUCCCUAUCCAGGGAGCACCUACAGACCCAACCACCCUGACAAUGAUCCCUUUUCAGAAAGAGCCAAGUCUCCAAGCAGAGCUGUCAGCAUCACAGGAAGUCUGACUUCACCGGUGCCUUCAGAAAAACCAGAGCUGGUAAACAUUGUGAUUCAGGAAUCAAUGUCUACCAGCACUCGAGAAGUAACAGCAGCUGUGGUGCCCAGUGUCACCCAAGAAUCUGGGUUGAGAACCAAAGAACAUGGCAUAAUAUCGAGAAACAUCCCCAAAGCCAAGACUCUGCAACCAAGAUCCCGAAAAGGAAAAGGGAAACAAUGCAGAGGAGUGCCAGAGACGACGCUGGAAAAGGAAACUCCAGAAGAGGACAUUUUGGAAAUCUCGUCCGUUCCAGGAGAGGAGUCUAGUCCCUCCAAACUAGAAAUGGCGAACAAAGACAGUGAGAUGACAGCACCAGCUGAAGUGCCCCUCGAAGUAGCUAUGCAAGAUGAAGAGCCUGGUGACAUCUCGGAGCAAGAGGAGGAACCAACCUCAGUGGAGAUCUGCUGUCCGUCACCUUUGAGUGAGCUGAGCUGUAAUGGCGCGGGUGAGACUCCAGGUGGCGACCUCUUUACUGCAGCCCCCAUGGAUCCAGAGGAGAUAAAGCGGCACGAGAAGAUCAAACGCUUGAAAGAGCUCUUGAAGGAAAAGGAGGCGGCGCUCGAAAUGAUCCGGAAAAACCUGAUCUAAUAGCUGUUAUUGUUAUAAUGUUGUGUGUUUGUGUAUUACACCUAUUCAAAUAAUGUACAUAAUUUAUGUAUUUAAGCGCUUAUUUAUAAGGGCGUCAUUUUGUCUAGUGUUUUUUUUUUUACUCAAUUGCUCUAUUAAAACGUAUUAUUUUAGCCAAGUUCUGCCCAACCUUGGAGAUUAAAUUCAGCUGUAUUUUAUUUAAAUACUGUAUUGUGUUUUUGCAAAUGCUGUUACAGGUAGCUGUGUGGAUCCCUGGACACUUUAAUUUAUUUCAUGCUUAAAUGGAAAUAGGAUAUUUUAAGUGUAUCAAAAUGUUUGGACAUACAUUUUCCAAAUAAAUAUGUAAUUAAUUAUAAA